CACCCCCCAGGCUCCUCUCCAGCUCUGCCCGUCCUCCCCCUUCCCGCCCCCCCUCCCCCCCCCCGUUUUUAUUCGCCCCAUCGUUUUGUAAGAGCAACGCCGCCCCCCGCCGCCCCCCCUCGCAUCAAGAUGGUGCAGAAGAAGUCGGAAAUCCAGGGGUUCCACCGCUCCUUCAAGGGACAAAACCCCUUUGACCUGGAGUUCGACCAGUCCAACCACCUGGAGCCCGUCUUCAACUUCGAGUGCCCGUCCCGUCCCGACAUGCCUUCAAGUCAACCCAUCGACAUCCCUGAUGCCAAGAAAAGGAACAAGAAGAAGAAGCGCUGCAGAGCCACCGACAGCUUCUCUGGCAGGUUCGAAGAUGUUUACCAGCUGCAGGAGGAGGUGCUUGGGGAAGGGGCCCAUGCCAGAGUCCAGUCCUGUGUCAACCUUAUCACCAACAAGGAGUACGCAGUGAAGAUCAUCGAGAAGCGCCUGGGCCACAUCCGCAGCAGGGUCUUCCGGGAGGUGGAGAUGCUCUACCAGUGCCAGGGACACAGGAAUGUCCUGGAGCUGAUCGAGUUCUUUGAGGAGGAGGAGAGGUUUUACCUGGUGUUUGAGAAAAUGAGAGGAGGCUCCAUCCUGACCCACAUCCAUCGGAGGCGCCACUUCAACGAGCUGGAGGCCAGCGUGGUGGUGCGGGAUAUUGCCAGCGCCCUUCAUUUUCUGCACAACAAAGGAAUAGCACACAGGGAUUUAAAACCUGAAAAUAUUCUGUGUGAGAGCCCAGACCAGGUGUCCCCAGUGAAGAUCUGUGACUUCGACUUGGGGAGCGGCAUCAAGCUGAAUGGUGACUGCUCCCCCAUCUCCACCCCCGAGCUGCUCACCCCGUGCGGCUCGGCCGAGUACAUGGCCCCAGAGGUGGUGGAAGCCUUUAACGAGGAGGCAUCCAUCUACGACAAGCGCUGUGACCUGUGGAGCCUGGGUGUCAUCCUGUACAUCAUGCUCAGCGGGUACCCCCCCUUCGUGGGCCACUGCGGCUCUGACUGCGGCUGGGACCGUGGCGAGGCCUGCCACAUCUGCCAGAACAUGCUGUUUGAGAGCAUCCAGGAAGGCAAGUACGAGUUUCCCGACAAGGACUGGGCGCACAUCUCCUUCGGAGCCAAAGACCUCAUUUCCAAGCUGCUGGUGAGGGAUGCGAAGAAGCGGCUCAGUGCAGCCCAGGUCCUGGAGCACCCUUGGGUUCAGGGGUGCGCCCCAGAUAACACCCUGCCGACCCCCAUCAUCCUGCAGAGGAACAGCAGUGCCAAAGAGCUCACCUCCUUCGCCGCCGAGGCCAUUGCUGUCAACCGCCAGCUGACACAGCGCGACGAGGACGAGGAGGAGGAGGAGGAGGCGCGACCCAUCAUCAUCAAAGCUACCUCAUGGGCCAUGCAGCUCUCACCCCCCUCCGAGUCCAAGCUGGCCAAGCGGCGGCAGAAGAGCAGCCUGGCCAAGGCGGUGGCCGCGGGGCAGCACCUGGUGGCCCCGCUGGUCCUGGUGGCUGACCAGGCUUGAGCCCCGCGCCACUCCCCCGCAUCCAUGCCCUUCCCAGCCUCUCCUCUUCUUCUCUCCCCAACCCUCCCCAGCCUCCCCCCUGCCCCCCCCCCCCCAAAAAAAAACCAACACUGUGGUUGCUGGUGACAAGAUCAGGACUUGUCCUGUUGGCUGGUUUCCAAGGUUUUGCUGAUCUUGUAGGGCUGGGGCUGGGAGGGUUUAAGAUCUUUUUUUUGGCCAUGCAGCUCUCAAAAGUAUUAAAAUAAAGACUAGGUUGGCGCCACCCAGGGCACACUCAAGGACAUCUGACAGACACACGGACUUUUGUUUCUCGACUCUUGGUUUCUCCUCUGACAUUUCCCUCCCCCCUGCUCCCCCCACCCCAACACCAAAGGACUCUUUUUAUCCGCGGCUGCUUUGACGAUUUCAGCUCAUUUCAUACUGUGAACAAAAGCCCCUCGGUCGCGUUUCCAACAACAGUAGCAGCACUUUAACCUCUGCUCCCUCUGGAGCUGCAGGUUACCCCUGAUGUUGGGGAGGGGGCACGUGGGGGGGGCCCCAUCCUGUCCCAGCUGCGCUUUUGGGGACACGCUGGCAUCGUGCAGGGAACUGCGGUGGCCAGAGGGGACAGUGCUGGUGCGGGAGCAGCAUCCCAUCCCAUCCUGCUGCCUGAAACCCCAGCUUGCAAACCUACCCCCUCCCUCCUCCUGGCAGCCAGCUUCCAGAAUAAGCUAUUCACUCACUUUAUCCUUUUAAUUUUUAAUUGUUAUUGUUGGUUUUAAACUGCUAGCUGUGCUUCUCUACAGGGCACGGAGAAAUGUCUUCCUUUCCGCCCUCGCUCCGGCAAGCAGCUCCCAGGGGUAAGGUCAGAGCGCGGGGAGAUGCUCGGGGUGGCCACGAUGUGGUGAUCCUGCACCGGGGGGGGGUUGUGCACCCCUUUGGGAAUAACGGGGUGCUCCAUGGAUACAAACAGGAACCCCCCUUAUGUAGGGACCUGCUGCAGGGCGGCACGACCCAGCCUGGCUUCGGGCUGGCCCCGAGGCUGCCUUGGCAGAAGGGGGUGCCCUGGGGGUGGUGGCAGCACCCAAGGGUCCCCGCGGGGUUGCAGGGCUGGAGGGAUUGGGGUCAGGGUGACAAUGGUGUGGGGUCUGCAGGGCAGCUGGGGAGAACUGGCUGCGUGCACUGAUGGUCACGGUGUGCAUCUGCCCCUCCCUCGGACCCUGCUGUAGGAAGGCAGGGCUGCAGGCCGGGGCAGGACUGGGAGAUGCUGGGUCGAAAAGCCCACGCGUGGGGUCAGAGCCAGCUCCUGCAGCCAGCGGCCGGCCCUGUGUCCCGUUCCCCCCCCCCCCCCCCAACCCCUUCCCCUCUGAGGGUGCCCUGUUUGUUUGCAGUCUCCCCCCUCUAACGCAAUGCUUGGAGCUUUAUAUUGUCAUAAAAAAGCAACCUCGACCCAUCAUGUGCACAGUGAAGGUUGUGGGAGCUCGCUUUGAGCCAGGGAAGAGAUUUUCCCAGGUCUUUAGCUGAAGACAGUCACUGUCUCCAGGGGUGAGGGGCAAGUUAUCCUUUUUAAGACUGCUGACAGCAAUACUAUGCAAUACGUGUUGUUUUUUGUUUCAGGGAGGUGUGUGUGAGUUAUCUUGGGAGACAAUGAUCGAGGUGGCGGUGGCGUUUGGGGCAGGGACCGGCUUUUCUCGCCCUCCUUGGCCCUUCUGCUGAGCAGCAUCAGCGGGCCGGGGGCAGCAGCCCACCCCCCUCCCCAAAACCACCAUGCCCCCUGAUCCGCCCUCUCCCCUGGGUGCCCCGUCCCGCUGCUCAGGUGGGAACCCCUCCGGAGAGGCCUCCUUUAAAGGAAAAAAAAAUCCAUCUUGAUUGUACAUUACUUUUUAUAGCUUAUUUUGUUUUAUCAGUUGUAGAUAAUUCCUUGUUGUCUUAUAUUAAGAAAUACUUGAAUGAUGUACAGUACGCGAUGCCUUGAGCUGGUGUUGUGAAAGCUAUUGUUAAUGCUGCACGCCGCAGCCUUUGUU